CAUAAGUAAGGCGCAAAUUUCAGGUGGACUGAACUGACGACUACCUCUUUUCUCCUCCAGACUUUUGACAAACAAAAUAAAUUCUUUCACAUCUGAUCAGAAAUUCUGUCAAAAUGGACACUUCCGAUAAAUAUACUAUCCAUGCUGCGGCUCGUGAUGGAAGAAGUACGUAUACUCUUCAUACAUGUACCCCACCUCAAAUCACCAUUACUACAAGUAGGCCACUAGAACUAACCUUUGAUUUUGGAUAGAUUUGGUCGUCGAAUCACUACUGAAUGUAAGAAACUUUGACUUCCUUCAGCAUAAAUAUAUCUAAUACGUUAAUGUAGGCAAAUCCAAAACUUGCCCACCAAAAAGAUGACGAUGAACGUUUGCCAAUUCACUGGGCUGUAUCCUAUGGUCACCUUGACAUCGCUAUCCUCCUAUCAGGGGUCAAGAACUUUGAUCCAGAUGUCCAGGUAAGCGAAAAUAUCAUCUAUUAAAUUACUCCAUACCAAACGAAUUUCUUUUUUCUCUUUGCGACAUGAUAUCAUAUCUACUGGAGAAAACGAUCAUAUCAUGUUAUCUGGGAAGAUCUUGAGCAAGCAUGAGAUCUAGCAUCGAUCCUCUCAAAAAAUACAUUGGAAUAACCGAAAAACCUCCCAAACUUCCAACCUUUUCACACUUGUCAUUUCCAUUCCACCCCUUUCCACCCCAAAAAGAAAAGAAAGAGAAGCCACUAACCUUUUCCCCACAGGACGGCUCAGGCUGGACCCCCCUAAUGAUAGCCGUAAGCCUCAAAGAAAAAGCCGAAGAACUAACCACCCUCUUCCUCCAAAAAGGCGCCGACGUAAACGCGAAAAGUAGUCCCCUUUCCAUCCCUCCUCCCUCCAACACCAACCUUCCAACUAACAAAACCCCAGCAAACACCUCCCAAACAGCCCUCCACUUCGCCUCCUCAAAAAACAACAUCAGCAUCGCAAAACUGCUUCUUUCCGCCAACCCCCCCGCCUCAGCACGUGUCAAAGAUGCUCGAGGACAAUACGCAAUCCAUCGCGCCGCAGCCGUGGGUUCAGUCCCGAUGGUAGAGUUGCUGUUGAAGAAUAAGAGUCCGAUGGAUGCAGCAGAUGACGCGGGACAGACGCCUUUACACCAUGCAGUUGCGGAGGGUCACGGUACGUUAACCUCUCUCUUCAUCUUCCCUCCCUUCUAUUCAAUCUCCUUAAAACCCUCGUGUUGUUGACUCUUGAGAAUACAAACUAAAGUGACUACCUACACCAGGCGACACCGCCUUCGCACUCCUCAAAGCAGGCGCAGCAACCGACAAGAAAGAUGUCGACGGGAUGCUAGCUCUAGAUCUGGCACCCGAUAAAGAGGUGAAACCUCGCCCUCUCCUUUCCUUCUCCUUCCUCCCUCAGAGAAGAACUUCUAAUAAUGCGGGAUUUCAUAGGUAAAAAAAUUUAUCCUUCAAUCCGCGGAACGCGAGGGUAUAGAAUUGUAAGAUAGCGCUACUCGAUGUAUGUAGCAUACCAAACCCACCUAUCCCGCAAAUAAAUAAAGAAGUAAAACAUACAAAAAGGAAGAAUCUCGUAAACACCUUUGCUGGUAAAG